ACCGAGGCCGAUCUUCGUCGUCAUUUCCAGCCGUACCAUGUUAUCUCCGAGAAGAUCAGUCGUGAUGAGAAGACUGGUGUGAGUAAGGAAGUGGGAUUCGCUCGGUAAGGAAACUCCAUCCGUUAAUGCGAUGCACAUCUGACGUGACUUAUCUUCUGCCCAGAUUCGAGUCCCGUGAGAUCGCAGAGAAGGUCUUAGCUGAAUUCCACAACGUGACUGGCAAGGACGGUGUAAAGCUGCUCCUUCGUUUCGCAGACACGAAAGCCCAAAAGCUUCUUAAGCAGCAGAGCAAUGAGCGCCGUGCCUACCGUGCGGGUGAAUAUAACUACUCUGUCGAGGUAGUCCAGGGAUCUACUCCAUCCCCUUCCUUGAAUCGUCUUCAGCAGACAACCUCUCACCUGAGCCCGAACUCUCAGGUUAGCUACCCGUCUCCGAUCGGGGUCGGCCCUGUCUGGACACCUGCCACCUCCAUCUCGCCGUCUGGUCCGUUGAUGAAGAAUUCAAUGAGCAACUAUCGUAUGAACUCUUGGCCAUCUCGCACUCCUUUGGCCAAUAUGGAGAAUACGCCCGUCUACCGUGGGCGCAUCUCCUCUAUGAACCGCAACCAGAACCCGGACAAUGUUUCGGUUAGCUCCUCGAAGACUGCCCUCCCGAUGUCUUCGCAGCCAAUCAUCAAGGCAGAGACCCCGAGUCCCAAGAAGGAGAACAUGAAGGCCGGUUCUCUCUCACCUAUUCCGUCCCACAAGGAAGUGAUCCUGUCUACUCCGAAGUCUUGCAUGUGAGACACAACCUGAGGCACAACCGACCUCAAGGUAUCCUCAAUUCGACUCUUUUUCAUAAUUCUGUUUUGCAGCAGGAAGCGAUAAUUCCGACGCAAACACACAACUAUAAACUGUAUGCACUUAUGACCGACUACGAUGUUAUGUUGAGCAGCUUUUCAGACCAGAUGAGCGUGUCGAAGAUAUGUCUUAUUUGUUCUCAUCAAGACAUGUAUUGCAACUGGGAUGUACAAUUAUGCGGUUCUAUUUGUCAUCUGGUGAUGGGUAACGGGCUGUUAAAGGUGUAGGCGCCUUGUUUGAUGUUUGUGUCUCGGAGUUGUUAUCACGGGGAG